UAAACCUCAAACAUGCGAAUUUUGCCGAACAAUAAUGCGUUUUAUUAGGUUUGGUGAUGCUCAAUAUGAGAUAAUUUCUGCAAUUUUAUCACAUUAAUUGUUUUUGUUUGAAAAUGGCAUAAAACAAAAUUUUUAUUCGUUGGCUGUCUUUGACAAUGCAAAAUCAAAUGUUGGCGAAGCUUUUUAAAAGACAAAUUGUUUUGUCAAAUGUUACUGUCCAAUGGUGCAAAUGUUUUCAGUCCAAGAAAGAAGAAAUAAAGGGAAAUUUAAGCAGAAUUCCCCAAAAAAAUAUUAGAAACUUUGGAAUAAUUGCCCAUGUUGACCAUGGCAAAAGUACCCUUUCUGAUCGUCUUAUGGAAUUUGCAGGCAAUAUUCAUAGAGAUAGUAAAAAUCAGCAGAUACUUGAUUCAUUGCAAGUUGAGCGGGAAAGAGGCAUAACAGUGAAGGCACAAACUGUAUCACUCUUUUAUAAUUGGAAUGGAGAAAGUUAUUUACUUAACUUGAUUGAUACACCUGGUCAUGUAGAUUUCAGUUAUGAAGUAAGCCGGUCAUUAGCAGCCUGUCAAGGAGUGGUUCUGCUUGUUGAUGCAAAUCAAGGAGUUCAAGCUCAAACUGUUGCGAAUUUCAAUCUUGCAUUUUCUCAAGAAUUAAAAAUUAUACCAGUUCUAAAUAAGAUAGAUCUGAAGAAUGCACAGACAGAAAAUGUUUGCAAGCAGCUUAAUAAUUUGUUUGGCAUCUGUGAAGAUGAAGUCCUUAAAGUAUCAGCAAAAUUAGGCACUGGUGUGGAAGAUGUUCUAAAGGCUGUGAUUCAAAUAAUUCCUCCUCCUCCAGGUGAUCUUCAGAAACCUUUUCGAGCAUUAUUGUAUGACUCUUGGUAUUCUCAACACCGUGGAGUAAUUUGCAUGAUCAUGGUUGUUGACGGUACCAUUAAAGUUGGAGAAGAAAUAACAUCUUGUUCCCUGGGAUGCACAUAUGAAAUUAAAGAACUUGGAAUUCUGUAUCCUGAUGAAGUUCCUGUGCAUGAAUUACUCUCUGGUCAAGCUGGUUACAUGGUUGCUAAAAUAAAAAACCCUCAACAUGCAGUUAUUGGGGACACAUGGUUUAAAAAAGAUACUUGUGUACAGCCACUUCCUACUAUUAUUUCUUCAAAACCAGUGGUUUUUGCAGGAAUAUAUCCAUCAGAUCAAUCCAAAGCUCAAGAGCUGAGAAAAGCCAUUGAAAAACUGCUGCUAAAUGAUUCGAGUGUGAAUGUUUCCACUGACAGCAGCCCAGCUUUUGGAAAAGGUUGGAGACUUGGCUUCCUUGGUUUACUUCACAUGGAAGUUUUUUGUCAAAGGCUUGAUCUUGAGUACAAUGCUCAAGUUAUUAUUACAGCUCCAGGUGUUCCCUAUAAAAUCAAAAUUAAAGGAGAGAAAAACCAAAAAGCAUAUGGUGGUGAAGAAAUUUUGAUUACAGACCCAGUAAAAUUUCCAGAUCCAAAGGUUGUAUCCGAAUAUUUUGAACCAAUGGUUUUAGCAACAAUUAUAACACCAACUGAAUAUUAUAGUGAAAUUUUGAAGAUGUCCAUGCAAAGAAGAGGGCAACACAAAAACAUCCAAACCAUUGAUGAUGGCACAAUGAUGCUUGUAUUUAAGUUUCCUAUGAGUGAAAUAAUCAUAGACUUUUUUAAUGAACUUAAGACGGUGUCAUCAGGAUUUGCUAGCUUUGAUUAUGAAGAAAUCGGCUAUGAGUCAAGUUAUUUGAAGAAGGUGGAUAUUUUGCUUAAUGGAAAAAUUGUUAACGAGUUUUCUGUGAUAACUCAUGCCUCUCAGGUGCAAAAAGUUGCUAGAAGGAUGUGCCUUAAAUUGAAAGAAAGUAUUGAACCCCAUUUGUUUUUGAUUGCUAUUCAAGCUUGUGUAGGUGGAAAAGUAAUUGCCAGAGAAAAUAUCAAGCCUGUAGGAAAGAAUGUUACUGCAAAACUGUAUGGUGGUGAUGUCACCAGGCGGAUGAAGUUGAUUGAACGUCAAAAGCAAGGAAAGAAACACAUGAGAAUUGUUGGAAACAUAGAACUAUCAAGAAAAGCUUUUAUUGAUGUAUUGAAAAGAUGAUGUUUUUUUUUGUUUAGCGAAGCAAUUUUUGAUAUGUCUCUAGAAAUAUGUAUUUUUUAAAUAUUGAUAUGUCAUACUGUGAUAAAAAAGCUCUGUAAAAUUCUGAAGUUGUUGGAAAUUUCUAAACUGUGCAGUAUACAGCUGAUAGCAGUAAGUGAAAAUCUUAUUCAGUACAAAUGAUUGGAUUAGAUAUAAUAAAACAGAAUAACACAAAUUAAGUGUAGAAUCUCUUUUCAUAAUCUCCGUUGAAACUUGUACCAGUUUAUCUUUGAAUUUUGAUUUUGACUCUUUAAGUGUGUUAAGUGCUGCAACAUAAAACUUCAUAUUGUAAACUGAAAUCCUUUAAUUUGUUUGGUCAUGUAAUUAUUCUUCAAA